CUCCCCAUUGUCUCCAAUAUUCAAAGUCCUUCCUCAGCUUUGGAGUAAAAUUAUACAGACAAAGCCUAGGCUGGAGUUGCUGAGCUCCAAGGAGCAAUCAGAGCUUAUGCAGGCACUGAAUUUUGCAGCACUUGAGUAUUUUCUGUCAGUCAGGAUGGCAAGGACAAAAGGAAGGAUUUGGGAAAGAAAGUCAAGCCAGCUCACCUGAAAAUUAACAACAAACUGUUGAAUAAGAAGGAAGCAAGAAAUUAUGGACUACCAAAACACCACUCAAGACCUUGCAAUAAACCUCUGGACAAACAAAGGUGCAGUCGGAAACACUGCUUGGGAAAUCUAUCAACUCUUUCUGGAGAGCAUAUAAACCCAGACAGUCUGAGACUGCAGCAGAGACAUUUGAGAGUCCUCGGCUACUUUGGAGCUGUGAGCAGAAUCCUGUGCUGCUCUUCCUCAAGGGGAGCAAGAGCCCUUCCCUGAAAUCCUCCCACAAUGCUGUGGCUGCUGCUGCUGCAGGUGUUGGCCAGCUGUCUCUGGCUGGGGGACAGCGAGGUGGUGACAUCCUUUGAAAGCUGUCCUCAGUUUUUCUACAAGGAAACCCCCCCAAAUGAUGUCCUGCAGCCAAAAAAACCAGCCUGGAUCUGCCAGCGCUACAAGAAUUCCUAUCACUUUGCCACCCUGUACGACAGAGAGAGGAAAAUUCCAGUGUACUCUGCUUACAUCUACAAGCCUGGAACUGCCAAGAGACCUCAUAAGUGGUGGUAUGUUGAGCCCCAGCUGAUAAGUAAAAAUAAUCUCAAAGACAUGGAAAGAGAGACCGUCCUCAUAGAUGAACACAAGUUCACCUUAGACCAAAUCAAAGACAGCCAGGCUGUCCUUGAAGACUACGACAAAAUGACUGGUUUGGAUCGUGGCCAUUUGAGCCCCUGUGGCCAUCUGUAUAGUAAAGAGAGCAAGACGGUGACCUUCACCCUCACCAAUAUCGUGCCCCAGGACAGCAUUCUUAACAAUGGACAGUGGAACAUCUACGAGUUUAAAACAAUGGCCAAAAUGAGCGAGGGCUGUACAAUCACCUACGUCAUCACAGGUGCUGUGCCUGGGAACACCAAUGUCGCUGAAGGGAGGGUUAACAGACCCAGCCACAUCUGGUCAGCUGCCUGCUGCUUGGUGGGCACACAGCCCUACAACGCUUGGGGGGCCAUUGCUGAGAAUGACAAGAACCAGGUGGAGAACCUCAGCCUGGGAGAGCUGGAGAACAGGUUGAGGGGGCUCUAUGGGGGGAGAACGGUUACUCUGUUCAACAAUGCCUGUCCUCGGCAAAAAGCCUCACAUCCUUGAUGGAAAAGGCUCAACAGCUUUUCCCAAUGUCACAGAAUCACAGAAUGGAUUGGCUUUGAUGGGACCUUAAAGUCUUAAAGAUCACCUCAUUCUGACCUGCCUGCCAUGGGCAGGGAUGCCUUCCCCGACACCAGGUUGUUCCAAGCCCUUCCCAGUCUGGCCUUGAAUACUUCCAGGGAUGGGACAGUCCAAUCAUCUCUGGGUAUCUUUUGCUCAUACCACAGCCUGCUCACGGUAAUUUACAUCUUUUGAAGAUCCCAUCUCACCCUGUCAUGCAUCAGAGUGAAACCAUUCCCUCUUGUCCUGUCACUCCUCAGCCUUGUCCAGAGACCCUCUCCAGCCCUUUAAGAGAUGCUUUAGGUCCUGGACUCUCAGGAGGCUUCUCCAGCCUGAACAUCCCCUGCUCUCUCACCCUCUCUCCAGAGCAGACAUGCUCCAGCCCUUGGAGAGCUUUCAUGGCCUCCACUGGAUUCCACUCCAAACCAACUGCUUUGUAUCCUUCUUGUGCUGUGGGCCCCAGAGCUGGAGGCAGCACUGCAGGUGGGGUCUCAGCAGAGCAGAGUAGAGGGGGACCAAUGUCCUGUGCAGUGUCUGUGCUGCUUCCUUCUCUGGUGUGUUUCCAGCUCUGUCCCUCAUGGCACCUCCUCCUGUGCUCAAAGGCACCAAGAUGUGGGCACAGCCUCCAGCUGCUUUGCUUGGCUGCCCAUCUCAGGAGAGAGCUCUCAGGAACCAGUCCUCUCCUCCUCAGCUGUCCCUGAGGGUGUGCAGCUGACCUGUCCUUCACCUCCUUAGGAAGGCUGUGGCACCAGGGCACCUCACAUUGCCCAGAGAUCUUGUCUGGACAUCUCCAUGUCUGCAGAUACCCAACCCCCAAAAAUACAUGAUGCUGGACAACCUGCUCUAGGCUGGUCCUGCUGCAGCCUGGAGCCCAGACUAGAAGAUCUUGAGAGGUCCCUCCAAAACCCAACAAUUCAGUGAUUCUGUGAUGCUGAGACAUGCUUUUGUUUGCUUGCUUUUGAAACUGCACCUUGACAGCAGCACCUGAUGUAUCAGACAGGCAGGCUUUGGCAUCAGAUCUAUAGAAAGCUUUGAGCAGCCAAAGCUGAAUUCCUGGGAUGCACUCCUUGGAUACCUUCAUUCUCUGCUCUGCUUCUGAAGCUUUUCUGCAGAUUUAUGGGAAACUGAUUUGGGCAAAUGUAUUCAGUAGUUGUAAAAGAUCAAUAUGUGCCACAUCAUUGAGUUUGCCAGAGCUUACAAUAAAAGUUAUUUGCUGCA